AUGAGAAAUUGCUACGAUGUGUUAGGUUGUUCAUCAGAAGCUUCUUACAGUGAACUGAAGGAAGCUUAUUUUUGUAAGCUGCGCACCAGUCAUCCGGAUAAGGGUGGUUCCAGCUUGGCGUUAUUUCUGGUGACGAAGGCGUGGUCUGUCUUAAAGAACGAGAACACGCGUCGAGAUUAUAAUAUUUGGUUGAGAGAACAGUUGCUACGUGAAGAUCAAGGUAUUAUUGGGCAACAGAUUGUUAUCGAUAAUACUGUUGAACGGAUUGAGGAGUUUUGCAGGUAA